UUUCACGGUCGAGCUGCUCGUGAAUGACAAACUUAACAAGACGAGUGGUACAUACAAGAGUAUAUAGGGCAUUCUAACGGCAAGAGCUUCUCGAUUCACGCCCACAAUGUCGUUACAUUCGCAUGUUGUAAUAUUUAUUAUCAUCUUACUGACUGUAUCGGGUUACAGUGAAUUUAACGGACGUAGAGCUGCUGAAUAUGAAAAUUCAAUUUGUGAGCCAAAUAAAAAACAUUUAGACUUGGAAGGUUGUGGCGAAUGUAUUUGUAAAAGUCAUGGAUACGGCAGUUUAUGCGAACAAGUAACAUGUUCUAAAACCUUCAAAAGACCGAUUCACGAUCGUGAAUGUACACCAAUGGAAGAUUUUUCAACAUACUGUCACUACUGUAAAUGUUCAGCUGGUGGUAUACCAGUUGAUUGUCGUGAAAAAAGAUCUGGUUGCCUGGACGAAUUAAUGGAGCGUUUACAAAUAAAAAGAUUAGAAAGAAGAGCUAGACGUAAUAUGCGAGAAAAACAAACUAAAAUAAAAGUUCCAACCAGUCGGUCUUUUGAUUUUUAAAUCCAUGUUAAUAUAUUAAUAAUAUGUAAUUUAAAUGAAUUAAAAAAUAAAAUUUAAUUUUAAAAAUGAUUGAUUGGAAAAUAAAUCAUUGAUUAUGUAAGAACAAUGAAAACGAUAUCGAAGAUUGAAAUAUAAAAUCCAAUGUAAUUACCGAUUAAUUUUCUCUUUUAAAUCAAUAGAAUCGGGUAUCAAGGAUUUGAGUAAUUACUUUACGCAAUAAUCAUACCAAUCUAUGUAAUAAAGUAGCUGAAAAAUAAUUCAACUGUUCGAUUCAGUAUUAAGUGGUUUUCAAUAAUUGACGGGUUUUUAAAUUCCUCUACUUACACCACUUGUAUUAAUACUGAUAAAUAAAGUCUAUAAAACGUCUUAUUAAAAUGUAAAUUUAAAUAAGUUGAGAAUAAAUUUUGUUUUUUGUGAUUUUAAUGAUUUGAAGUACAAAUACAUAUUUUGCACUUCAAUUU